GAUCAUUUCUCGAUUUGUGUGUGUCAUCCUUGCACAAUGAUCAUGCUAAUCUUCUCUGUAUCGUUCCAGUUUUAUCGGAUGUUCCCGAAUGAACGACUAUAGAUAGAGAGCUUCAUCACAUAGAAGAGUAACUGAGUAUAUACAUCCGGAGUAAUUUGAUUGCCCCUAAAAUCAAUAACCCAAAAAUGUUUUUUUUUUUUUUAAAAAAAAAAAUGUUUUUCCUACCCUAGCGUUUUCCUUGUAAAAAGAUAUAUUUCGAGACAAAAGACUCGAAUUUCCUUUGGUAAAAUACCGAUGAGCUAAUAAUUAACGGCAAGAUCAAAUAUCUAACAGUAAUUAUCGAACUACCCGUUUUCAACCGUUAACACAUCUCUCGCUCUCCCCUUCUCCCCUGUGCAUCGGCGUUCGAAUACUAAUGGCGACAAGCUCCGGCGGUGGUGAAACGCCAUUGAAGUCGCAAGCUCAACCACCCAAACCCACAUCCGAAGCUACCCCCACACCUGAAAAUCAAAAGCUUCAACCUCUCGAUUCAUCCCCAAAUCCCGUUACUCCUCCCAACCCCACCUCCGCUCCUCCCAUUCCCACCACCGAUUCCAAGCAAACAACCACUCCCGCCACCGUCAAUUCACGGCCGCGUGAACCUUACUCCGUACCUGACUCCGAUGUCAUCCACGUCCCUAGUUAUUCCAGGUGGUUCUCUUGGAACAACAUUCAUGAAUGUGAGACUAGAAUGCUCCCAGAAUUUUUUGAUGGGAAAUCACCCUCUAAAACCCCAAAAGUUUAUAAAUACUACAGAAAUGCAAUAAUCAAAAAGUUUAGAGACAGUAUGAAAGAAACCCCUCCAUCUAAAGAAAACCCUAUGCCAAAAAUCACAUUCACAGAAGCCCGAAAGACCAUUAUAGGAGACGUGGGGUCCGUAAGAAAGCAAAACACCGAUCCCGGAACCGGAACCACCAAUUCCGUUCCUGAUUCCAGUGCUCCAAAGAAGAAAUUUUGCAGUAGUUGCAAUUCCCUUUGCACCAUUGCAUGUUUUUCCAACAUUAAGAAAGAUACAACAUUUUGUGCAAGGUGUUAUGUUCGAGCUGGAGUUAACACCGCAGAUUUUAAAAGAGUGGAGAUUAGUGAAGAGGUGAAGACAGAUUGGAGUGAGAAAGAAACUUUGCACCUUCUAGAAGCUGUUAUGCAUUAUGGUGAUGAUUGGAAGAAGGUAUCUGAACAUGUUGUUGGUAGAAGUGAAAAAGAAUGUGUAGAUCGUUUUAUUAAGCUUCCUUUUGGAGAACAAUAUGUGGGUCCCCCUGAUUCAAUUGAGCCUGAAGAACAUUUUGAUGAUGAACCUAAUCCCAAAAAAAAGAUGCGCCCUACACCAUUUGAUGAUGCUAGUAACCCUAUCCUAGCUCAGGCAGCUUUCCUUGCAACAUUAACGGGAGUAGAGGUUGCAGAAGCAGCUGCUUCUGCAGCUGUAAAGGCUUUGACCGAAGUCAACUAUGAAACUAGUAAAGAAAUUCUUGAAUCAUCUGCUGAUGAUGCAAAAGAUCAAGAUUCUGUAACAACAAAUGGUAAGAGCAACAAAAAUUCAUUGGAAGGAAAAUAUCUUGAGGCAAAAUUACAGCUGGAGAAGGAAGAACAGGAUUUGGUAAAAACAAUUUCUGAUAUUGCUGAAGUUCAGGCUAAGGAUAUUCAUGAUAAGAUUAUUCGUUUUGAGGAGUUUGAAUUACAAAUGGAGAAAGAAUGGCAACAACUCCAACAAAUGCAGAAUCUUCUGUUUGCUGAUCAGCUAUCGAUUUUGUUUCACAAAAAUGAUGGAACAAAUAGGAAUGAAAAUAUGGAACAAAAAGUUAAAACCGAAUUAUCUUGAUUUUUCUUUGUAGUUUGUACAAUAGUUUCUUGAUCUUGUUAUCCUCUAUAUUUCCAUCACCAUUUUGUGAUUAGGGUUUAUGAAUCAAGCCAUGGGCUUCAAUUAGUGUAGAUGCAAUGCACAACAUAAUUUGAGAUUGAAGAAAUUUGUGUAGCUGAAUUGUUCACAAAACUCAGAAUAUGAAAUUUAUUCUUCUUAUCAUACAAAGUCAGGGAAAUUGCAAAGCAACACACCUGGCUUGUGUAACUACAGUUGUUUUGAUUUUGCUUUGUAACAACACAAAUCAAACUAAUUUGAAUGAUGCAACUGCCUUUUCAAUCUUUGAAC